UCGGCAUUCCAUUGCAUCAAUAAUUCCUUAGCCCUUUUUGUUUUCCGAAAUGUCCAUACACCUGAUGUGCCUUACGUCCGAUGGGGGUGUUCCCAUUUAUUCGAAGAAAAAAGGCGACAGUGAGAAUCUUCCCUUCUCGACGACCGCUUCCUUGAAUGGGGUGCACAUGUUCUGCAAAUCACAAGGUGUGGAUCUACCCAUUUCAUAUCUGGAAGACAGCAUGAUCAUGUGGAAGGAGUAUGAAGGAACCAUCGUCAUGAUAGGCAUAGCACGAGACAUUACGGAGAAAACACUUCGCCACCUGUUGGAUUACUCCUAUCAAGCGAUGGUGUUUUGCGUGGGCAUUCAAUCCAUCAAGAAGAUCAAAAACAUCGAUCGUUUUAAGCGCGAGCUCAAGAACUACUACCCACUGAUAGAUCAACUGCUGGAGGUGGUUGAGAGUGACCUCUUCCGGUACGUCGACUGUAUUCUCUGUUCGGAAAGCAUGAGCAUGCUGACGAAGCUAAACGAAUUUAGUGUUCAGGUCGGUUCACCCUUUUGUGCAAUUCUCGUCCGACAACGAAUCGCCUGCGGUACGGAGGGUUGGUGGGAUUUGGAUGUAAUCGAUCGAAAGCUACUCAUGCUUCUGUUGAACGCAUCCAGCACUAUCCAGCAAGAUGUGCCCGUUUAUCUGCCGAAAAAAUCACCCAGUAUUGCAUACCGCUUCAUUAGCAUUCCACUCACCCAAGGGGUCAGCAUUUGUGCACUUUGCGGUGCCGAACCUCCGUACGAUGUCCUGCAAGGUAUGAGCCAACAGUUUUGGAUGAGCGAACUCGAUAUGUUGAUCUCGGCCGAGCAAAACUACCCGAAAAACUAUCCUCAAACAGUCGAGCUGGACUCGCAUAUUUUGGGAUUCCUGUUGCUCAACCGUGAACAUGCGAAAUACGUCAUGUCGCGGGCUGUGCAAGGGACACUAAACAGUACGGCCGGAGGAAAACAUCGUACUGGCACAAUGGUGUCCGGUGGAUCUGCGACCCAUCGAUUAGAUAUCCUUCGAUCGUUCUUCCACCAAUCGGUGGACGUCAUGGAGGAUACGCUACGUGAAGGCGAUCGUGUUAUCAACCUGGAACAGUACUGGUGCUCGGAUUACCAUAAAUGCCACGCACUGAUCGAGGGCAGCAAUGUGCUGUGUGUCCUGUACACAUCGGCUAUUCCAACGCACAUUAUGAGGAUAGUAACACAAAAAACACUGAACACGUUAAUAUCGGAUAAGGAUGUGUGCUGGUAGGUGACUCGGUGGCCUACACUGGACUGGAAUCCACCAAUUGGAAUUUGAACGCUAAGACUCACUACAUUUAACUUAUUAAU